AUGAGGAUCAAUAUAGUCGUAAUGCUUGCAAAAGUCAUUUUCAUCUCCACCAUCAUAGCAAGCUGCCAAGCUAGCGGAAUAGGACAUUACGUACCAGCAGUAAGAUCUUUCCCAGUUGUAAGAUAUGCUCCGUUCUUUAAUUUCCCGAACGCAGUGAGAUCUAUACAUGCUGUAGCUCCACCACUACCAGCUUUUGCUCCAGCGCCACCAGCUCCAGCGCCAUUGUUACCAGCUCCGUUAUCAGCGCCCGUUUUACCUCCACCUGCAUUACCAGCGCCGUACCUGCCAGCAACUGCAUUCGCGCCUGCGCCAGCUCUACCAGCACCGUUGCCCGCGCCGGUAUUACCAGCGCCCGCAUUCGCAACAGCUUAUGCACCAGCAUUCCGUGCUGUUGCACCCGCAGCGCCGUUUGUUGCACCUGUGUUACCGAAAAUAGCUCCAGCGUUACCAGUGCUUCCUUCUGCACCAGCAGUAGCCCCAACACGAUUUUUCAACGCAGUCCCAGCCCAAUCAACUGUGCCGUUUAAUCCCAUUGUAAGAGCUGUUGCACCAACAUACAGCGUAACACCUUACGCAAAUAACUUUUAUCAUUACGGAAAAUACCUAAGUCCACAAUUUUUACCCGCUCAUCUCGAAAAGCAAUUCGCGUGGAAAUAA